AUGCUUUUGAAAGCUUUCAUUUUGCUUUUGACUGGUUUCGCCGCUAAAAUAUCUGCCUCAAUGACUAACGAAACGAGCGACAGACCCUUGGUCCACUUCACACCUAACAAAGGUUGGAUGAAUGAUCCAAAUGGGUUGUGGUACGAUGAAAAAGAUUCUAAAUGGCAUCUCUACUUCCAAUACAACCCAAACGAUACUGUCUGGGGUACCCCAUUGUUUUGGGGCCACGCUACUUCUGACGACUUAACUCACUGGCAAGACGAGCCCAUUGCUAUUGCUCCCAAGCGUAACGAUUCUGGUGCUUUCUCUGGUUCUAUGGUUGUUGAUUACAACAACACUAGUGGCUUCUUCAACGAUACUAUUGAUCCAAGACAAAGAUGUGUUGCAAUUUGGACUUACAAUACCCCUGAAAGUGAGGAACAAUACAUUAGUUAUUCCCUUGAUGGCGGUUACACUUUUACUGAAUACCAAAAGAAUCCCGUCUUAGCAGCCAACUCCACUCAAUUCAGAGACCCUAAGGUCUUUUGGUAUGAGCCAUCUCAAAAAUGGAUUAUGACGGCCGCCAAGUCUCAAGACUACAAAAUUGAAAUUUAUUCAUCUGACGACUUGAAAUCCUGGAAGUUAGAAUCUGCCUUUGCCAAUGAAGGCUUUUUAGGCUACCAAUACGAAUGUCCAGGAUUGAUUCAGGUGCCAACUGAGCAAGACUCUUCAAAGUCCCACUGGGUUAUGUUUAUCUCCAUCAACCCAGGUGCUCCAGCUGGCGGUUCCUUCAACCAGUAUUUUGUUGGUUCUUUCAAUGGUACUCAUUUUGAAGCUUUUGACAAUCAAUCUAGAGUUGUAGAUUUCGGUAAGGACUAUUAUGCUUUACAAACUUUCUUUAACACUGACCCAACCUACGGCUCGGCAUUAGGUAUUGCCUGGGCUUCCAACUGGGAAUACAGUGCUUUUGUUCCAACUAAUCCCUGGAGAUCAUCGAUGUCCUUGGUCCGCAAGUUUUCUUUGAAUACUGAAUACCAGGCUAAUCCAGAAACUCAAUUGAUCAACUUGAAAGCCGAACCAGUAUUGAACGUUAGCAACGCUGGUCCAUGGUCAAGUUUUGCUACCAAUUCGACCCUAACUAAGGCUAAUUCUUACAGUAUCGAUUUGAGUAACUCCACUGGUUCUUUGGAAUUUGAAUUGGUUUACGCCGUCAAUACCACACAAACUGUAUCCAAAUCUGUCUUUUCUGAUUUAUCUCUUUGGUUUAAAGGCCUAGAAGAUUCUGAAGAAUACUUAAGAAUGGGUUUUGAAGUCAGUGCUUCUUCUUUCUUUUUGGACCGUGGUAACUCUAAGGUCAAGUUUGUCAAGGAAAACCCAUAUUUCACCAACAGAAUGUCUGUGAACAAUCAACCAUUCAAGACCGAGAACGAUUUGAGUUACUACAAGGUUUACGGCCUAUUAGACCAAAAUAUCUUGGAACUGUACUUCAACGAUGGUGAUGUUGUUUCCACAAAUACCUACUUUAUGACCACCGGUAACGCUCUAGGAUCUGUGAACAUGACCACCGGUGUCGAUAACUUGUUUCACAUUGAUAAGUUCCAAGUGCGGGAAAUUAAGUAA